GUCAAAAAUGUGUCAAAAUAAUCUUUAAACUCAUUUAAAUAACCUUUUUUUACGGGAAUGUAAUUCAACAUUCCGAUAAUGUAUAAUUGUUUCGUUUAUGGGCUGAUGUUGUAGCGCGGAGAACACCAAGCUGGAGUUAAUGAGCUCGCUGGUCACGUGAUCGCGUGACGUCAUAAUAGGACGAGGGUUUCCCCAAGCUAUCCUUAGCCUCUCGCGUACUUGACCUUGGCUCACUUCGAUAUCUACUGAAAACCUCGUAAAUUUAUCAACAAACACCAUGUCAGAUACCGAUAGCGAUGUUCCUGAAGUUGGGGGUGAGCUUGAUAUUUUACCCUACCAAUUUGAACCCGCGAGAAAACACGUAGAUCGAGUUACAGAAGAAAUGUAUUCGUCACAAUCAGAGACAGACGAGUCUGAUGACGGGGACGACCAUGCCAGGGCACGAGACAUCCGCACAGACAACAUCGCAUGGUGUGAUUGUGAAUGCUGCACAGCCAUGACAACAGAGACAGAAUGCCUGUGUUGCCAGGAAAUUGACUUGAUCUGCACAAAGACUGAGGAAAAAGGAAUCAUGUGUAUCACAAAUCAUGAGGGUUUCAUUGCAAACUGCUUAAAUAGAGAUGUCUUGGAAGUCUCACUUUUAGAGUUUGUCGAGCAUGAUGGGCCUAUUGAUGACAAUGAGCCAAUUAAUGAACUAUACAGAUACAUCGCCUACAGGCGAUUUACUCGGUGGAUAUGGCAUCGCCUUGGGAAAAGGAAUCGAAAGGUGAUCCCUGCAUGUGCUGUUGUCAAGAUACGGGCAACAUUUCCAUCGGAGGAGUACUGUGGUUUUAAGUAUGUCAGGCCAUAGGUGAACAUGUGGCAUCAGAGAUCCCUGGACUCACACCAUUUCGGGCAAUGAACCUUGACCUAUGUCUUUCAAUUAAUUCACUCUUGUUGACAUGCU